AUCAGGCGCGUUCCCUCUCCGCUGAACUCGGAGCUACUCUGUAAAUCGGUGUUGUUGAAGCUAACGAUGGCAGCGGCGGCGGGUUGCGGCUCGGUGGCCGCGGCUGCUGGCGCGGUGGUGGGCGGUGUAGCCGCGGCGCGGGGGCGCUUUCCUGGGCGGCCCUGGUCGUCGCGGAGCCGCCUGCGUUCGGAGAAGCGGUGGCAGCUCGGGCGCUCGGGCACAGAGCCGGAGGAGAGCAGCGGCGGAGGCCCGAGGCCUGGUUGCUGCCUGGCGCUUGCGUGCGGAGAGGAUCCGUCUCACCUGCGCCUGCUGGGGAUCGAGGCGAGCUACAAGAGCCUGGGGGAGGCCGGCUACAGCUCGAGCGGCAGUGAGGAGGGAUCUGAAUUCAAAGGUUUUGAGGCUGAAAAUGAAAGCAGCAGUGUUCCUGAACGGUCCAGACGAAAUCGUCCCAAACGUAACCGAGCAACAACAAAUUUGUCGAAAAGGGUACGUCGGAGACCAGCUCCUGCAGCAGCCACAGCUGUGGAGAAGGUUGAAGCACCUCAGGAUGAUCCUGGAUCUGCACAGAAGCUUCACAGCAAAGAGUCUUGUAAUGCUGUUUCCAUUGAAGAUGCCAUUUCCGGCUCAGAUAAGCUAACAAAACGAAGACAAAGAAGAGGCUCCGUGAAAGUUGAUGCGUCAUCUGCUCCAAGGAUCACUAUCAAGUUAGCGACUAAGAGGAGAGUAAAGGUAGCUGCAUCACACAAAUCUGAAACUAAGGAAAAUCAAUGUGCCAAAGGCUCAUCUGCACAAGUGAAGUUAAAGAGAGAUGCAAAAACCCCAGAAAGUGGUUCUGCUGAGGUAAAGGAAGAGGUCAUUACAAGAAGGCGAGGGAGAUCUGCAUCUCUUCCCCAGAGUGUGCCGGAUGCAAAGGUUGAUGAACAGAAAGUAGUGGAAAAGGUGAGGAAGUCAACCCGCAAGACUCGUUCAACAUCAUGUGGUGAUGCUGUAGAGCCAAACGCUGGUGAGAAGAAGGCAGAACCAACAGACAGUGUGUCAAAAGAAAGCACAGAAGUCAAAAAGCUUGUGAUUCGGAGACGGCACAGGUUGGACUCAAGCCGCACUGAGCAAUCGGGAGACCACAAAGAUGAGGCUACUUUGUCCGAGUCGAUAUUAGAGGUGUCGACAGUUGAGGAACCUAAACCACCUUCCAGAAAGAAAAAGAAAAAACGGAAGAAGAGGAAUCGGAAAGACAAAGUCUCCGAAAAGGGUGAUGAGAAGCGUGAUGCUUUAUCUCAGCAGCCAGCAGGAGACUCGAUAGAAAACAAUUUUGUGGGGAUCCCAGGCUUAAAAUUAACACGAAUACGAAACCCAAAAGCCAGGUCACGUAAGAAAUGCAGUAAGUUUAUUUGGACCCUAACACUGGUCAAGUGCAAAAGCAAAACAGUGAGUCCACCAACCCAAGAAAAUCUAAGUAAAGCACCCGAAAGCCUUAGCAAAGAGACAGAAUGUCACUCAAAAUGUGCAAAAGAGCUAGAUGUUUCAGCAGAACCUCCAUCUCGUUCAUCUGACACUGCAGAGGUGAACACACUGCAGGAGCCAGAGAGUAAGGACUUGUUAAACACUGUUGGUGUUACUAAAAGUCCAGAAAAUUCAGACGUUACAGAGAAAGAGCAUGAGAGCUCAAGAAAGGCCGAUGUGACCUCUGGAAAAGGUGAGGAGGAGACAUCGAUAAAGGAUAAUGAGGAGGAGAGAUUGAGAGAGCAUAAUGAUGUGACCUCAGGAAAAAAUGAGGAGACAACGUCAAGAAAUUAUGAUGGUCAGGUGACCUUAAGAAAAGAUGAAGAGGAGCCUCAGGUCACCGUUACAUCUGAGGUUGUAAAAGAAACGCAUCCGGAGGUGGCCACAGAGACGGAUCUCGAGCCAAUGGGUACUGAUUUCGUUCCUCCCCUUCAGAUAAAGGUUGUGUCCUCACCAGGAAAACGCAACAGCUUAAAGCAGUCAUUUUCAAUCCAGCAAGCCACAACUACACCUAAACCGAAAGAGGCUUCUCAAGAACCUGAUCAUCAGUCUCCAGCAAAAAUGAAGAACCAGACAGAAACAACUCCUCCAACUUUGGUGUCCAAGGCAAGGCAUAGAUUGAAUCUCAAUUCUCCUCGAAAGAAGCGUGUAAGGCAUAAAGCUUGGACAAGUUGCAAGAGGAAAUCUCGGCGUGCUCCCUCUGGUGAUUACUCCAAUUCCAAAACGAUUGCUGAGACGGAAGUUCCGGUUGCUGAGGCAGAAGUUCCGGUAGCUGCAACUGAAGCUGCAGCCCCCGAGACGGAACCUCUAGCAGCUGCAACUGAACCUCCAGCCGCUGAAACGGAAUCUCCAGCAGCUGCAACUGAAGCACCGGCAGCUGAGACGGAACCUCCAGCAGCUGCAACUGAAGCUCCGGCUGCUGGUACAGAAGCUCCAGGAGUUGUAACUGAAGCUUCAGCUACUGAGACGGAACCUCCAGCAGCUACAACUGAAGUUCCAGCAGCUGCAACUGAACCCAAGUUGGGGGAAUUACCAGAACCACACGAACAGCGUAAACCAAGGAAGUUCUCUAGUCAGGCUGCUCUCUUGAAAUCAAAAGGGUUUUUCCCAAGAUAUGAAGCACCAGUGUCCGAGGCAGCUGAGCCCACAAGUGUCAAUUGUGCUGCACUUCCACUUCAACCUGCGACAGAAAUGCAGCCAGAGAUUAAGACUAAGGAGACGCCUUCACCUGACUCUGCUGAAGUCUUGAUUUUAGAACCUCGACUGGCGGUCCCUGAUCAAGCAGAGGCUCCUUAUCAUGCUCAGCAACCAAUCAAGCAAGGAAAGAAAAGGCGAAGAGCUUUGAUAGGACAGAGGUUAAAAGCUCGCAGAAAGAGGUUGCCUCAAAGGCAGUUAACAGAAGAAGGUGCUGAUGUUUGCUCCGCAGUCGUAGCUUCUGAGCCAGCACGGUCCAAGCUAGUCGGCAUACUGAAAACGAAGUACAGAAAGAGUCCUGUUUCAUCAAGUCUUCCUUGCAGUCUUGAAGACAAAAAAAGGAGGGCAAAACUUUUCGUACAGCAAGUGGAACGUGAGCUUGGACCUCAAAAAGAAAAGCCUUCUAUUGAUGAAAAAACAGACCUUGAGUCUGAAGUCCAACCUGGUAAAACAAAAUUUGUUAAAAACAUUAAGCAUUUUAUAAUGCCAGUUGUUAGUGCCCGGUCCUCACGAGUGAUCAAAACGCCAAAGAGAUUUAUGGACGAUGCUGAUAUGUCAGAUCUACCACGAAGGAACGCGCAGAAGAAAGGACACCAGUUGGGAUUAAAUCCAAAAUCAAAGAAACGUGAUGGUGGCGACGAGAAAGAUGAGCCUUCCUUUCUUCCAUCACAGGACGAGGAAGAUCUUCUGUUGGAACUACCUGAAGCUCAAUUAGAUCUCGAUUUGUCUUCUGCUGAAGAAUCAAAGCUUGAACCAGUAAACGACUUGGAAAACUUGGGCGAAGAGAAGUUCUCCGGCAAGAGACGAUCACUACUCCGGGACCCAGGUUUUAAUUGGCAAGUACUGGAGCCUGCAGGUGCCGAGAUCUACAACUUUGACCAAGAUAUUGAAAAGGAAUAUGAAGCCUUGUUGUCUGCAGAAGAUUUCUCAUUUGAUUCAUUACUCGAGUCGCCUCAGAAAAAGAAGCCAAGCAUGAAAUUCAAGAAGCCACCAUCACACCUAAAGCUCUAUAAGAAACUCAAGGAUGAACUAAACUUUGGCCCCACCAAGAAAAAGCUAAAAAAGUUUCCACCAGUUGAAACGGGGAAAACCGUUUUACCCCCUCCUGAAGCACAGAAGGUAGAUCUGGAGAACGAAACAAGUUUAAUUCAGUCUCUUUCUGAUAUUAAGGCAGAAAAGGCGAAACUGAAGAUUGAGGAUCUUGACACUCCAGGGGUUGUUCGUAAAGUAUCCAUCUGUGUACGUGCUCUCAGCAACAAGUCCUUGGCACAACAACAGGAAGAGCAGGUGGAUGAUAUGACGGAUGAAUUCUCCAUCCAUACAGACAUUUCACUUCCCAAGAAAUCCAUGGACAUCGAGCGCAUGUUUCAAGCUGAAUCGAGAGAUCAGAAGUCAGAACAAGGCUUUGAUCAAAAGAGAAAGGACAUCACGGAGUCAAAAGAGAGAAGUGUCAUCCAGCGUCCUCACCUCUCCGGUGCCAACAAGCGCAUGUUCAACCUCCUCAAGAAAGCAAAGGUUCAGCUCAUCAAGAUUGAUCAGCAGAAACAACUCAAAUCAUCAGGGCUCCUGUCAGAAGGCCGAAUCACAGCUGGAAAGAGGCAGAUCAGAAAACCAAUGAGGCAACUUAAGGACUCCUGUCGCGAAAAGACUGUUGCUUCUCCAGAGCAGGAGCCAGCCAGAGGAGGUCCACGCAUCAAGCAUGUGUGCCGAGCAGCAGCUGUGGUUCUGGGGCAGCCUCGUGCCAUCGUCCCGGACGAUAUCCCCAGACUCAGUGCUCUUCCGCUGCAUGAGAGAUCAGGCAUUUCUCCAUCACCUGCAGCUAAAGAUAUGGAGUCCCAUUCUGACCCAGACAGCCCUAUCAUGCAAGAGCAGAGGACGCCCAAGUUUCGUAAAGCCCGUGCACACGCUCGUCGGUGUGGCCAGUGUAAAGGCUGCCUCCAUGAAGAGGACUGUGGUAAAUGCAUUAACUGUCUGGACAAGCCCAAGUUUGGUGGCCCGAACACCAAAAGACAGUGCUGUGUCUUUAAGAGGUGUGAUGAGGUUGAAGAAAGGAAGGCCUUGAGACUAUGUGGCAAAGGGCAAAUGAAGAGGCGUCGCUCAUUAGUCAGUGCUGGUCACUCAAGUAAUGAGGAGUGUGAAGGGACUGAGGCGGCCUCUGUAGGAGGAGACAGUCAGAGCCCAUCAUUACGGAAACAACCCAAGCGCACUGUUAAACCACGCUACUACUGCGAUCUUCUGGAUUAUGACUCUGACUUCGACCCGGACGUGAACAGGACACCACACUUGACCUCACCGUCGCGGAGGAGAGCGCCUGGUCCACGCAACAAUGACUUUGUGUCACUGGACGACUUUGUUGGUGAUGGCCUCGACGAGGGAAUCCGACAUCGCAGACCUGGAUUUAACCGAGUUCCAGCCAUCAGACGGAAACCUGAGAAGAGUCCUCAGGAACAAACACCACCCAGUGUCCUGGCAGCGCUGGCUAACGGUUUUGCCGAGAGAGUAAACGAACCGUCUGAGCCCACAUACAAGAUCUGUGUCGACUUUAAGGAAGACUGCAGCUUGCAGAGUGUGUGGUUGACCGGUGGUUUGAGCAUCCUCACAUCUGUGCCUCUCAUGCCUCCAUCUGUCUGCCUGCUGUGUGCCAGCAAAGGGCAGCAUGAGAUGUUGUUCUGUCAAGUAUGUUGUGAACCUUUUCAUCACUUCUGCUUGGAGCUGUCGGAGCAGCCGGUGGACGAGAAUAAAGAGAACUGGUGCUGUCGCCGCUGCAAGUUCUGCCGUGUGUGCGGUCGCAAGAACAGACAUUCCAAACCUCUGCUUGAAUGUGAACGAUGCCAGAACUGCUAUCAUCCUGCCUGUCUGGGGCCGAACUAUCCCAAACCCAACAAGCGCAAGAGGCCGUGGGUGUGUAUGACGUGCAUCAGGUGUAAGAGUUGUGGUGUGACUCCAGGGAAGAGCUGGGACACGGAGUGGAACCAUGAUAAGGGCUUCUGUCCUGACUGCACUCGGCUGUAUGAUCAAGGUAACUACUGCACAAUGUGCUUCAAGUGCUAUGAGGACAAUGACUAUGAGAGCCAGAUGAUGCAGUGCUCGAUAUGUAACCACUGGGUCCAUGCCAAAUGUGAGGGAUUGACUGAUGACCUGUAUGAGAUCCUGUCGAGUUUGCCAGAGAGUGUUGUGUACUCCUGCCAGCCCUGCACUCGGGCCAGUGUAGUUCGGGAGAGUGACGGAGGAGGCUGGAGGGAGCUCUUGCUGCUGGAGCUCCGAGCCGGAGUGGAGAAAGUGCUCGCCUGCCUGUUGAGCUCGACUCUCACUCAGCACCUGGUCACUUGCGACGAGUGUACAGCUCUGGAUGACAUUGGUGAUGGAGAUGUUCUUUCUGUGUGUGAUUUGCGUGCUGUAGGGAAAAAGUUUGACAAAGGUCUUUAUACAACACUGAAAUCUUUCCAUGAGGACGUGGUGAGAGUGAUUUGCAAAAGGCUAGAGGAAGAGGAAACCUUACCAGAGGACCAAAAGCCAACUGCUCUGGCUCGCUCUUACUAUCUAAAGCUUAUGGAAGAGGUUUUCAGCUGGUUCAACAGUCAAGAUCCUAAAAUGUGGGAUCCACGCUCCAAACAUCUACCAGCUGGAAUGCUCUCGAAUGCUGUGAUACCGCCAACAAACGAGCAUGUAUUUGCCCAGUGGAGGGAACAAGAGGAGAAGAGCAGGACUAUGAACACCACCAAGCAAGCAGGAGGCCUUACUGAGGUCAAAGGGGAAGAUGGAGCAAAUAUCUCUACCCCUCUGUCUCGCAGGCCUGUCAGUGGCCAAUAUAGAGACUUAAGCAUGAGACUCAGAUUCACUGGGAAAAAAUCACGAACCUCCAGAGAAGAUCUGGACACCGGGUGGUCAAAGGAGGAUGAGCGGCAGUGUGUCUUGUGUCAGAAGUAUGGUGACGCAAAAUCCAGUGAUGCAGGCCGUCUGCUCUAUCUUGGACAAAAUGAGUGGGCUCAUGUCAACUGCUCCAUGUGGUCAGCUGAGGUGUUCGAGGAAGAUAACGGCUGCCUGAUGCACGUGCAUAGUGCAGUUGCUCGAGGUCGCCUUAUGCGAUGUGAACGAUGUAACCAGACUGGGGCAACAGUGGGCUGCUGCCUUACCUCCUGCCAAAGCAACUACCACUUCAUGUGUGCCCGUUCUCGCAACUGUGUCUUCCAGGAUGACAAGAAAGUCUUCUGCUACAAGCACCGUGAUCUCAUCAGUGGAAAAAUCAUUACUGGACAAGGGUUUGAAGUUCUUCGGAGGGUCUACGUGGACUUUGAGGGGAUCAGCCUUCGCAGGAAGUUUUUGACAGGAUUAGAACCAGAGUACAUUAAUAUGAUGAUCGGUUCUCUUCAAGUCAAGAAACUUGGGAAGCUAAAUGAAUUGUCAGCCAUUCAAGGAAAACUUUUUCCAGUGGGUUAUGAAUGUUCUCGGUGGUACUGGAGCACACGAAACCCACGUCGCCGCUGCAAGUACACAUGCCGGGUCACAGAGGUACGACCACCAGUUCAGGAGAAGCCAGUAGAAGAACUGGCUGACCAAGGAGAAAAUCGCACAAUUGCCCACAGUCCAUGUCCACAAUCAGAAUCUGAAACUACAAAGGGAGAUGCGACACCAGCAAAUCCAUGUUUAGUAUCUUCCUUUGCCAAGCCAGACUCUGGUACUCGACCCAAAAAUUCAGCCUACCCACUGAACAGAAGACCAGCUGGAGGACUAUCGAGACCGCUACCAUCUCCAGGAGCUGCGCCUUCCAAGUCCCACCACAUUUUGACUAUUAGUGAUCUUGAUGACACCCGAAGACUCCGGCGACACACACCACAGAAUUCUGGCAUUCGUGGACACAACUCUUGCCCCUCCUUGGGCUCUUCACCUAGCUCAAUUAAUCUGCGACCUGGGGGUUCUCAUCACUCUAAAACCACCCAGCAUACCUCCCCGAUUUUCCCGCUUGGUGCUACUGAAAACUUGUUGACCUCCUCGUCAGCCCGCCCUGUCAGUCGAAGCGCUUCCUCUUCCCGGGGUGCCGGAAUUUUGGCACCCCAUUCUACCUCAGGACUGUUUCCAGAGCCCAUGUGGCAUGGUGGCACUGGCAGCACCCCUCCCUCGAACCCAUCCCUCUCUUCACCUACCCACCUUUCAAGACCAAGGUUGCCUUUUGACCUGAAUCAGUUGGACUCUGCAGAACUGCCACACAAUUUCAUGGCAUCACCUCAAGAACUGCUUGCAGAAAACGGAACCUCACCUUUAGGAGACACAGUGGAUCCACAGAGGGGUAGUCACCUAGUUGCGGAUAAGGAAUUCCCCUAUACCCCAUUUCAGUUGGACUCGGACUUAUCUAUGGUAUCGGAACUGAAAACCGAGCUUGAAAUUGAAGCAACAGUACUAAAUGAGGGAGUGGCUAUGAACUGUAGUGAACAGAUUGUUGUUGAAGGCGAAGAGGAUCAGGAUGAAUUUUGGGGUCCACAUACCCAAUCUGCCCAAAGAUUACCUCAUGCUACAGAAGAUUGGGGUAAUAGUUCCUCUGAUGAUGAUAUGGGAAACUAUUUUGACUUUUCACGUACUAUAGUAACUUGUAAAGUCCCAAGAGAAGCCUCAAAGACACCCCCUUCUGUCUCUAUAAAAUCAAUUUCACAACUAGAUGGUGUAGAUGAUGGAGCUGAGAGCGAUGCAAGUGUAACAAGCAGUAAUACCCAAAAUCUGAAGAACCCAAGUCAGGUUCAGAAACCAUCUCAGACUCUUGAUGGUCAGCAUCAUAAACAGUGGAAUAGUAAUGGACUGUGUGUGGAACCUCCAAGUCAUAGCAGUCCGCUCCAACCACCAGCCAAACCGUUUGGCUCUCUAUCCUUAGUUAGUACCGCUGAUCAAAGUUCAAGUAGCCCAACACACUCUGAGAUUCCACAAGAGACCAGGGGUUACACCAAAUCAGGCUUCCCAGAUACAUAUCAGAGCAAUGACUUUAUUGGUCAGACAUUUCAGUCAAGUCCUGUGGUGCCCCCUCAGGAAACGUCAACAGAUUUUGUUGUGCCAAAGGAAACUGAUGCAGCAUUUUCCACUUUCAGUGAAGACAUUCAAGGAUACAGUUUACCUACAGAUCUGGGGUUACCUAUAAUGCUGGACAGAUGUGAUCCUCCCUCACCUAGCACUUGUUUUACGGAGUUGGUUCCAGUUAAGGAAGAUCCUCAAAUGGACAUGCAAGAAUCCACGGAGUCCAAAAUCUACUUGGAUCAUAACAGUGGUCACUUUGUUUCAUCAGUUGAUGGUUCUAUGAUUUGCCCAAAUAGUUUGUCAGAGAAUUCAACAGACGCGUCCUUCACAAACCCUGCAAACGGAAGCCAAAAUCAAGUCCCACCCCAACCAACAUCUACAGAAACCAGCAUUUCUGCAGUUCAAUCUGCUUCAUGUUUGCAGCCUGCUUUCAUGUCAUUUGCUAAUUCAUCAUCUUCAAAUAUUACAUUACACCCUGUCCACACUUUGGAAAACAAGACAAUCCUCCCACCAAUGGAGAGUUUUCGUAACAAACUACUAUCGCCUUCAGAUGUAAGCCAACAGUCAGCCCUAAGGGGAGUGAUAUCUGCUGAUUUGCCUACUCCGCCUGAUUCAGGGCUUCAUGUACAGUCUGGCACUAAUGUAUCCCUUAGGGCAGUGCCGUCUCCUGUGUACACCAAUUACACACAACCUAUGGGCUCAGCAACAGUCAGCAUAGUCCCGUCUAUAAACUCGCAAGCAUCUGCUCAGUGCCGUCCAGUGUCCUCCAUUAUCCAGCCAUCCCCAUGCCCUGUUGUUGUGAAUGGCUAUAGUUCUAUGCCUAUGCAAAGGGAAGCCACCCCAGGACGUACAAUUUCCAUCAACUUUUCAACUCCAAGAUCAACAUUGGAGCCUCAACAGACGAUGACUCAAGCAUUACCAGGUCAUGCAAUUCUCACUGUGAAGGAGGUGGGUGGACCAAAUGUGGAUCCAACCCCUCAUGUUUUACUUGUUAAUCGUCUCGGCCAAAUUUUUGUCAAAAAUCCUGAAAGCAACACUUUCCAGCUGCCCAGUCCCACCUCACCUUCCUACAACUGCGUUACGCAGAUUGCCAGCCUUCUCCAAAGCAAUGCUCUCUCUGCUACUCUAGCAGCUGCGGGCAACUUGCCUGCCGUUGCUGGAGCAGCCGUCACAGCCCAAGUCCCCAGAAUGGUGACACCUGUGAUUCAGAGCUCUAAUACCAUCACACAGCUCCUCACUACUAAUAGCAAAGGAACAGCAGCACCACUGGAAGCCCAGACAACAAACCAAAAUUCAAACGAAUCCGCUGAUGGCUCUAUACCUGGAAUAAAGAAGUCACGGAAAAAGAAGGAGCUCUCAACACCUCGAAAAACCAAGUCAACACCUUUACCCGGGACAUCUGGCAAACCAGCAGACAACCAUGCCGAGAGUGCUCAAGCUAUUAUUAACCAAGCUAUGGCCAGUUAUUAUGACCCCAGUCGAAAGGCUAGUAGAAUUCUGAGUCCUUCUUCACCGUGUAACACCACUGCUGGUGGAAGAGCUCAGUCACCAACUUCCAUAGUUCUACCGCCAGGCCUCCUUUUUGAACCAGAUUCCACAAAUUCUCCACCAUCUCCCACAAGCUCAGUAUCUUCUCGACCGAAGCAGGUUCGAAUGAAGAGGGUAUCCUCGCUUUCUGAUCGCAUUGCCACCAAAAAAUCAAAGUCGGACUUUUUAGAGCCAGAGCACUCUAGUGGCCCAGAAGAGCAACGUAAAUUAAACUCCGUUGCUGCCAGGUGUGGGGGAGUUCGCAUUAAAACUCCAACUGUUAAAGGAAUCCUUGACCUGGACAAAAUCACUGAGGAACAAAGUAGUGAUUCUGAAAGUGCAAGGCCUGGGCUCUGGGAUCGUUUCUCCGUGUCCCGAGGUAGUGACAGCAGUAAACCACAGUCCUUGGACACCACAUGGUGCUGUUCACUGUCUGACUGGAACAAAUACUCAGGGAUGCUGUCGGGUUCAGAGGAUGACAUGCCUUCUCCACAAAGUGAAGAAAAGCGCCCACCCAGGGGAGAUCAGCCACACCUACGCUUUGAGAUCACUAGCGAUGACGGUUUUAGUGUGGAGGCAGACAGCGUUGAAGUGGCCUGGAGGGCUGUGAUUGAUGGGGUGCAGGAGGCUCGUGCUGUUGCUAAGCUUAGACAGCUUUCCUUAACCGGGAUGACUGGAGCUCGUAUGAUGGGUUUGCUCCAUGAUGCUGUGGUUUACCUGGUGGAACAGCUUCAGGGGGCCAAGAGCUGCCAUGGUCACACUUUCCAAUUCUAUAAGCAGCCUAGCCAGGAGGAUGACUUGCCCAUUAACCCCAGCGGCUGUGCUCGCUCGGAGAUCUACCUACGGAAAUCUACCUUCGACAUGUUCAACUUCCUGGCUUCUCAGCACAGACAGCUUCCUGACGGUGAUCUUUAUGAUGAAGAGGAAGAUGAGGUUCUUCUCAAAUCCAGCAGACGAGCAACGAGUUUGGAGCUUCCCAUGGCAAUGCGCUUCAGACAUCUAGAAAGGACGUCCAAAGAAGCUGUCGGUGUUUACAGGUCUGCUAUUCAUGGACGAGGGCUUUUCUGUAAGAGAAACAUCGAAGCUGGUGAAAUGGUCAUCGAGUACUCUGGCAUCGUCAUUCGCUCUGUUCUGACAGACAAGCGGGAGAAAUAUUAUGACGGGAAGGGCAUUGGCUGCUACAUGUUCCGCAUUGACGAUUUCGACGUCGUCGAUGCAACCAUGCAUGGCAACGCGGCACGAUUUAUCAACCACUCGUGCGAGCCCAAUUGCUAUUCCCGUGUCAUCCACGUGGAGGGCCAGAAGCAUAUCGUCAUUUUCGCCUUACGCAAGAUCUACCGUGGCGAAGAGCUCACCUACGACUACAAGUUCCCCAUCGAGGAUGCCAGCAACAAGCUCAGCUGCAACUGUGGAGCCAAACGCUGCCGCCGCUUCCUAAACUGAGUGGACCGUUUCAAAGAUCCUGAAAAGUGCAGGGAUGAAAGCAGACAGGCAAUAAAACAGAGGCACAGUGGACUGUGGAAAGCACCAAGAUGGAAAAGUCCAUGAAGGCUUACUAACAGUAGCUUUAAGCGGUGCCUUGCAAAUCGGCACUCGAAAUCCACUGGACAGAUCCAGACACAGUCAUAGGGAUGUGUGCAUGAUGCACAAGCACUCCAAAAAAAAAAAAGGUUGGAUGGUCAGAGAAACCCCUGCUUUUUUACAGUCUGAGCAUUUUAUUCAAGUCUCCAAACAGUUUUGCUUCAUGCUUCCCUUUUUACAACACAGAGGUCUUUAUGAUGUGCAGACUAGUGAAAAGAAGAUCCGCACUCCUCCUGUUGCUCAUACUUGUCAAAUUGUUGCUGCUGAAAAACAGUUUUGGCUCAUGUAGGGAACCUGUAUAAGGUGUUCCAGGUGUAUUUUGAGCUUGUGCAGAGCAACAAGUACAGUGAUUGAUUGUCUGGCUGAUAAAAGUCCAACAUGUGGUGCAUCAGUUUUAACUAUUAAUAGUAUCUAGUUUCAGUUCCGCUAAAUGGAUCGUGCUGACUUCCUGCAGUCCGUGGCCUCUAAAAAAAGAAAAAAACAUUUUUUAAAUUUGAUUCCGGCUUUUUCCUGCACUUAGAAAGAAGUGCAAAUAGAUGUACAGGAGUUUUGUGGCAGUGAGAGUAUACUGUACCUGAAUGAAUAUAUGACUAAUCAAGAGAUAUAUCUAUAUAUACUUUUAACUGAGAUGUUUAUCUGUGAUGCUCAUGCUAGAUCAUAGUUUAGGGCUUGAUGUUUAGGAAAAGAAAAGGCUUUAUUCUGCUCAGGAAGAUGCUGUGAACCCCUGCAAUACGCCAUCACCAUCCAUUCCGUUCAAGUCGUCAAGUAAGGCGGGGUUUUUUUUGUUUGUGGUUUUUUUUUCUUUUUUUUUUUAAUAGAAAAGUCUCGAAUCAGCCUUUAAGCUCUUCUUCAAAAGCCACUGCUGUAAUAUCGCAUUAGAAAACUCCCACGAGGCCUGUGUAUAUUAUUUAUUUUAUUCUUUUACCGUGUUUUUAUUUUUGUCCCAAUUCAUGACUAUGGUUAAUUUAAUCAUGGAGAAAAUUCUGUCUCCCUUAUUGGGACCCUGCUGCGUUUUUGGUUUGUUUGUUUUUUAUUUUAUUUCGGGUUCUCCCUCCCCCCCCAGCUAAUUUUUGCCCAUUUUCUUAACCUUUGACUUCUUUAUGGUGCUAAACUUGGUCUUGAAAUUGAAGUGGGAAAUCACACAUUUCAUCAACUUCAUCUUCGUCAUUCAUCACAGUGUAAGACACUUCAUUAUUUGUGAAUUGCUCAAGUGCUUGACGGAUAAAAGGUAGGGAGCCAACAUUUAUUAUUAUUAUUAUUAUUGUAAGUAUCAGAAGGUAUGGAGAAAAACUAUGACCCCCUCAUCUAUCUAUCAAUCUAUCUAUUCAACACUACUUGAGCUAAUUAGGGAUAGUCCUGCUUUACAGUGGUUUUUUUUUUGUUUGUUUGUUUUUUUAAACUGUUUUUGUGUUGCAUCUUCUCAUUUCUGUGAUAGUUGCACAUACAUACAUGAUGUACAUCUGUAGAAAUCAGGAUCCCAUGUCAUUGCUCAAGAAAAUUGCUCAAGCAUUUUUAAUUUUUUUUUCCUUUGAUCAAAGUUUCUCUUUCACAAUGGUUUAAGAAUUACUGAUGGGUCUUUCAGCUAACAGCCACCAAGCACUCGGCACCUUGACAUCCCUUUAUUUUAAGACGACAAUUCUGAUUCCUUCGAUCCUGAGGAAAAAGAGAUAACUGAUACCAAUCUUAGGGUCUUAGAAAGACAAGACUGCUUAAGAUUUAUGCCGUAUUUAUUCUUGUUUGUGUUUUGAUUAUGGGAGUAAGUGUGCUUUCUCCGUGGCCAAGGUCUUUCUUUUGUUUACAGUUUCCUUUUUUCUUGACUUGAACAUUCUUUGAGGAGGAGUUCUUGCAGUUGCAGCCUUUUUAAGGUCAUGUUUUGAGCCAGAAGUUUUAAAGAAUAUGAUUUUAGUGCUUAUUUUAACUUGGAAAUUGUGGCAACAUGCUUUAAAGAAAUUGUUUCCCUUUAUUUUCCCUCUCCCUACUUCACUAUCUGUCAGAAACAGCUUCCAGUGCUAGUCACUGCUCCUUCCAUGUUUUUAUGGUCGCUGGCUUUCUAACAACCCCCGAAGCCAGUCAGUGUGGUCAUCCUCUGCCUUGUCUGGACCUCCUCGUUUCGGAUAGUAUCAUGAAACUGAAUUUCACCCUUUUUUUUUUUCACUGAACUUGCAAGGAUUCUACCUCAGGCUGUUCAGAAUGACUGUCAAAGAAUACUAAUGCAAAACCUAGAUGACGAUACGAUAUCGCUCGGUCUUAAAUGUCCUGUAGAGAUGGCCUGUGUGCAAUGAAGGAUGCAAAGCACUAGUCAAGACCUUCUGUGACGAUCCGUCUCCCAGAGUUGUGUGGAAAAACUGUAUGUUCCUACGUAGGGUUAUUUUAAAAAAAAAAAAAAAUUUGUGUUGAGAAAAGACUUCAGAAUAAGAAAAUGUGUCUUUACUACCUUGUACAAAGUACCCUAAGUCUGUAAAUAAUUGUAUACAUAUUUCUAAACCUGUUUAAUUUUUCUAUGCACUUUUUUAUUUAUAAUGUUAUUUGCUUAAUAAAGAUGUUACAAUGUUUGAACAAAAA